AUGGUGACGAGAGCCGUCAUCCCGCGCUUCCUGCUGCCGCUGCAGGGGCCGCUCUGGCGAGGCAUCAGGAUCCCCCUCUCGCAGAACGUCCACAUCCGCUUCGUGUCGACCGACAAGCCCAUCGUGCUGGAGAAGCCGGCCAAGUUCAACCCGCCCUCGCAUGGGUCCCGGCUCAAGAGGAACUCGAUGCCGAAGCACUAUGGCCCGCCGCUGACCGAGGAGGAGGUUGCUGCCCAAAACAAGAAGAGUUAUCCCGGGCUUAUGGCGCCCCAGGGCUCGUGGACACACUGGUUCUGGCACAGCCGGCUGCUGCAUACGUUUAUCACAAUGGGCGCGCUGCUGGCCAUGGGCGUGUACACCUUCUUCAUGAACUACGCCUACAACUCCCCCUUCAAGGAUCUCGUGCCCCCAAUCUCAGACCUGUGGCAACAGCCCACCUACUUCUUCUCCCAGUGGAAGAACGUCAUCCUCAUGCACGAAAAGGACAAGGCCCGCAAGGCUGCCGAGCACCGGAACCGCCACCUCGACGACGUUGCCAAGCGGAGGUACUUUAUGAAGAUGCACGGCAUCGAGCCCAUGGAUCCCGUGGCCGUGGUUUUCGGCAAGAACGAGGAAAAGUCUGCGGAGGAACUCGAGGCUGCUGCCAUGGGACGUGAACUGCCGCCAAAGCCCGAGACGGAAGCCCCAGCGGAGCAGAAGAAGAAGUGGCUGGGCUUUUUUUGA